AUGUUUGCCGACGACACAAAUCUAACCACUGCAAGCUUAAAUAAAGAAGAACUACAACGCCAACGGCGAUUAAAUUUCGACCUAGAGCUUAUGCACAACUGGUUGUUGGCCAAUAAAUUGACAUUAAAUAAAGAUAAAACAGAAUAUAUGCUAAUUGGUUUACACCAGAGAUUAUCGACUGUUGAAACUGACCCGAUCUUAGAAUUUGGGGAUACAAAAAUUAAGAGGGUUAAUCACGCAAAAUCAUUGGGCAUAAUUAUUGAUGAGCAACUACUUUGGAAUAAUCAAAUUGAAGCUAUUUCAGGCAAAGUAUCAAAAGGUAUAGGUAUGCUACGACGAAUAAAGAACUGUGUCCCCAAAACAACUUUGAUUAAG